AUGUCCAUCGAUUACACCUCAAAGACAGUCCUAAUCACCGGCGGCGCGUCGGGCCUCGGCCUCUCCCUGACGACCCAUUUCCUCGCCGCCAACGCCACUGUCCUCGCCCUUGACAUCUCCGCCGACGCCCUCGCCGAGCUCCCUUCCAAGGUUCCCGACGCCCACCGCUCCCGCCUGCACCCGGUCCACGCCGACGUCUCCUCCCCGGAGUCCGUCGCCGCCGCCAUAUCGUCCUGGGUCGACGGCGGGGUGGGUGACGACGCGGGCCAGCAGAGAAGACUCGACGUCCUCGUCAACAAUGCUGGCAUCUCGGACAAGAUGGACCCCGUCGCCGACUGCGACCUCGACGUCUGGAACCGCCAGAUCCUCAUCAAUACCACGGGGCCCUUCAUCACCUCCCAAGUCGCCAUUCGCCAGUUCCUCAAGCAGGAGCCCGUCGACGGCCAGAGGGGCGUCAUCUUGAACGUCAUUAGUGCCGCCGGCCUCCACGGCGGGAGAGCGGGCGUGGCUUACACGGUCUCCAAACACGGCACUGUUGGCCUAACCAAGAGCACGGCGGCCUUUUACGGCCCUCAGGGUAUCCGCUGCCUGGCCGUUUUACCCGGUCCCAUGAUGACCAACAUGGUGAACGAGGGCCACGCUGCUCGGUAUCAUCCAGAAGGUUUAGCCAUGGUUGUGUCUACGAUGAAUACAGUUAUUGGCGACCCGGCACAGAAAGGCUGGAACUAUGGAUGGUCACCUUUGGAUCAGGUCUCAAAGACUGUGUUAAGCUUGUGUGCCGAUGGUAUUCACACUAUCAAUGGCGCACUAGUACCAACAGACAUGGGAUGGACCUCCAUCUGAGUAAAUCUUGUCGGACAAGCAGAUCCAAGUUGAGCCUCGCUCGUAAAUGCAAAUUACGACUCAUAAUUCAUUUUCUCUCAAUUGCUCGAUGUAGGAAAACAAGUUUGGAUACAAACCAAUUUGAUUCCACUACAGAAUUAUUACCAACGACCGCGUUAUUAAACUAUCAAAACCAUCCAUCCGUUGGCCCAAACUCUCCACCUGGGUAUAAGCGUUUUCGUCUGCCAUCAACUCGUGAUGCCAUCUCCAUCCCU